CGAUAGCGAAGAGCGGCAGCUUGCCACCGCUGUUAGAAAAAAUACAAGAGGUGUCCACAAGAAGUUUCUGGAUGGGCCAGGUUGAUUCGAGCUUUUCUCUUAUUAUUACUUUGUGGCGUUAGCGAGCGAUGCCCAAGAUACUCUGGAUGCACUGUCUUAACGGCACAUUCUGUCACCACCAGCACCAUCUACAGCCGCUAAUCAAAGGCGAGUAUGUCAAGUAAGCAGACCCUAAACAGUCCCCGAGGGCCUCCUGAAGUUGUGUUGACGACAGACGACGGGAGAGAGACAUGGGGCAAGAAGGUAGACUUCUUGCUGUCCGUGAUCGGAUUUGCUGUAGAUCUGGCGAACGUUUGGAGGUUUCCAUAUUUGUGCUACAAAAAUGGUGGCGGUGCGUUUUUGGUUCCUUACUGCAUUAUGCUGGUCAUUGGAGGUAUACCACUAUUUUAUAUGGAAUUAGCUUUAGGACAGUUCAACAGAAAAGGCGCCAUUACGUGCUGGGGCAGGCUAUGUCCAUUACUUAAAGGUAUAGGUUACGCUGUUGUAUUGAUAGCUUUCUACGUCGAUUUUUACUACAAUGUAAUAAUAGCGUGGGCAUUAAGAUUUUUCUUCGCCUCAUUUACAAGUAUGCUACCUUGGACUACGUGUGACAACGAGUGGAACACUCCAAAUUGUAGGCCUUUUGAAUUAUCCACAAGAAACUAUUCAGAUUUCAACAGUACUGAUCUCGCGACCAUAUCCGGUCCCUCAGAUUCCCGUUUUGCAUCAGCAGCUUCCGAGUAUUUCAAUCGGGCCAUUCUAGAGCUCCACCAAAGUGAAGGCCUGCACGAUUUGGGUGCCAUAAAAUGGGACAUCGCUAUGUGCCUUCUAGCCGUUUAUUUUAUUUGUUACUUUUCCUUGUGGAAAGGCAUUUCCACGUCAGGAAAAGUGGUUUGGUUUACAGCUUUAUUUCCGUAUGCGGUAUUGCUAAUUCUUUUAGUAAGAGGAAUAACAUUGCCGGGAUCUGCCGAAGGAAUUCAAUAUUAUUUGAAUCCAAAUUUUAGUGCUAUUGGACGGGCCGAGGUAUGGGUAGAUGCGGCAACCCAAGUAUUUUUUUCAUUGGGUCCAGGAUUCGGAGUCCUUCUAGCAUAUGCUUCUUACAAUAAAUACCACAACAACGUAUAUAAGGACGCAAUUUUAACGAGCAUUAUCAAUUCCGCUACAAGCUUCAUUGCUGGCUUCGUAAUAUUCUCAGUUCUUGGUUAUAUGGCACACGCAGCUGGAAGACCCAUCCAAGAAGUUGCAACAGAAGGUCCAGGUCUGGUCUUUAUCGUUUAUCCAGCAGCAAUAGCAACGAUGCCGGGAAGCAUUUUCUGGGCGCUGAUAUUCUUUAUGAUGUUGUUAACGCUAGGCCUGGACAGUUCAUUUGGUGGAUCGGAAGCAAUUAUAACGGCUUUGAGCGACGAAUUUCCAAAAAUAGGAAGAAACAGGGAAAUAUUUGUAGCCUGUCUAUUCACGGUGUACUUUCUAGUUGGUUUAGCAUCCUGCUCGCAAGGUGGCUUUUAUUUCUUCCAUCUGCUGGAUCGGUAUGCUGCUGGAUAUUCCAUGCUGUUCGCUGUAUUUUUCGAAGCUAUAACAGUUUCGUGGAUUUACGGCACGCAACGUUUCUGUGAUGACAUCCAAGACAUGAUUGGAUUUGCGCCUGGAUACUACUGGAGAUUUUGUUGGAAAUUCGCUGCCCCAGUUUUUCUUCUUUUUAUCAUCGUCUACGGCCUACUUGGGUACGAACCACUCACUUACGAGGAGUACAUUUAUCCAGCAUGGGCAAAUGUUAUCGGUUGGGUUAUAGCUGGAUCUUCGGUUUUCAUGAUUCCUGCCGUAGCGAUAUACAAAUUUAUUGUUACGCCUGGAUCUUGUGCUAAGAGACUGAAAAUUUUGACGACUCCAUGGAGCGACACGCAGAAGAUGUCACAACAAAAUGGCGUCGUGCAAUCUGAAAGCAACCAAGUUCGUUUAUCUACGCCUGAAAUGUCAAAUCAGGCGCCUGUCGAGGUGUGAGAAAAAAGAAUUACUAAAUUUAAGGAAUAUUACGUUUGAUUUAUUUGUUUAAAUUAUAUGUAAGUAUAUUAUGUAUAUGUGUAUUAUAGGUAAUAAAAAAAUGUUUAUAUGUCCCUAUACAAGCAACCAGGAAAGAAUGUGGGAAUAGAAAAUAUAUCUAUUCUGAUGAUCACAAAAAGUUUUAUUAAAUUUAAUUCAUUUAUUAAGUAAAUAACAUUCUCUUUAUUUUUGAAAAUAUUUAAUAAAGAAGCUCAAAUUAUUUCUUUAAAAAAAUUAUUCCACAAUUCGUAGAUUGGAGAGAAAAUGUUGAAUUGCCUGGCGCCCUUUUUUCUUUAGAGUAGUGGGUCUUACUUUAUCCACUUAUCUUAUCCACUUUAUAAUAGGUGGUUCGGUUUAUUUAAAUUAUAAUUUUAUUUCUAG